GUCUUCUGGAUUCAAGUCUUGAGAUUGCAAUGGGAGGGGACGAAGAGCAGCUAACAGAGCAGGAGACUGCUCUCUAUGAUCGCCAGAUUAGGGUUUGGGGUGCUGAUGCUCAACGAAGGCUGAGCAAAUCUCAUUUUUUGGUUCAUGGGAUGAAAGGAAUUGUUGCUGAGUUUUGCAAGAACAUUGUGCUUGCAGGAGUUGGAAGUGUCACGUUGGUGGAUGAUAGGAUGGUGACUGAAGAAGCAUUGUCAGCUAAUUUCUUGAUACCACCUGAAGAAAAUGCAGGCCGUGGGAAAACUCUUGCGGAGCUUUGUUGUGAUUCCUUGAAAGAAUUCAACCCCAUGGUUCUUGUUUCAGUAGAAAAAGGUGAUGUAUCAACAUUUGGUGGAGAGUUCUUUGAAAAAUUUGAUGCUAUAAUCCUCAGUUCUUGCUCUCUUGUGAAAAAGAAAUUGAUUAAUCAGAAAUGCCGGAAGUUAUCAAAGCGCAUAGCAUUUUAUACAGUUGAUUGUAGAGACUCCACUGGUGAAAUCUUUGUUGAUCUACAGAACUAUAAAUACUCAAAGAAAAACAUUGAAGAAACAGUUGACUGCCAACUAGAGUACCCGAGCUUUGAGGAAGCAAUUUCAGUACCCUGGACAGCACUUCAAAGGAAAGUGUCAAAGCUAUAUUUUGCCAUGAGAGAUUGCUCUUCUGCAACUGCAGAUGUACCUUAUGCCAAAUUUCUAUUUUGAGUUGGGAAGUAGUUUAUUUUCAAAUCACAUAUUCCUUCCCAAACUCAGAUGAUGUGAUUUUGGUUUUUUGUUAUACUAUUUAAACAUCUAUUGAAGAUUUACCUUUUUACUUGGUGAGAGCUAGUGGAUUAUUUAUCUUUUUACAGUAAUAGAGCGUUUUGAAGAGAUUGAAGAUCGCAAUCCUGGAGACAUCUCAAUUACUGAUCUUCAUGGUCUUCUAAAUCUGAAAAAGGAACUUUGUGAGGCAAAUGUAUGGUACUUGGGAAUAUAUUCUGGAUUGUAGGAUGGUGAUAUUUUUUCUGCUUAUUGAUGCUACACUGAUUGCAUAUUUUCACAUUGCAGUCAUUAAAGGAAUCUCUUGUUCCUGAUGCACUCCUAGAAAGAUUGGUAAAGCAUAAAUGGGAGUUCCCUCCAGUUUGUGCCAUUAUCGGAGGAUUCCUUGGACAGGAGGUGAUCAAAGCAAUAUCAGGCAAAGGGGAUCCACUAAAGAAUUUCUUUUACUUUGAUGCCUUGAACGGAAAAGGCUUGAUAGAGGACAUAUCAAAUGCUAACCCUAAAAACUGAGCAUCUUUGUCUUGCCGUUACCAAAUUGCUUUGUCAGAAACUACACUUGCUGAUGUAGGUUUUAUAGGAUUGACCAGCCAUCAUCAGUUUGAAUCAUUAAUUCUGUAUUGUCACUGGCCUGAAACAAAAAUGUUAUCAAUAAAUCCCAGAAAUUGUGUUUGAGUGAGAUUAACAUGGAACUUUCCAAAGAGCAUUUGGAGUCCGAUGCUAAUUAGGCUUUCUCUAAAAGGAGUUUUCCUUCCAUAUUUGUGCCUCCAAUUAGAAUUCUACAAUAAUUGU